CUCUGUUUGACCCCAUGUCUCUACCCCUCCUAGUCAAUGGCGCCGAAUGCGGACCAUCGAACCCGCUACAGGGUCUCUCCAAGCGUUUCGAUCAAGACAGAGGCAUUCAGCAAGACCAGUUUGGUGCUGGUCGUGCGGGUUCCUCGAAAGAGACGUUCCGAAGUCAAUACUCCGCUGCAUCCGGAGGGAACCAAGAUGCUGCAAGAUUCUUCGCAGCUGCUCCAUCUCCUACUCCUACUUUGCAGUCCCCGUCGGCCUUUGACCUCUCAUCCCUGCACCGAAACCUCCCCAUCUCGCACUCCCCAUCCGCACAGAUCCAGUCACCCAUGCGCUCCUCACCUCUACAGGCAGGCCCGGCCGCAUGGGCGGCAGACUUCCUUCAGCAAGUCCCCGGGCAAGCUGCGCCCUCCUCGCUCUCUGGUAAGGCGGCCCAGCACCAGGGGAUGCCAGUGGCAAUGGAGCAGACCGCAUCAGCCGUACCACGGGCGGCGUCCAGUGGAUUCGUUCCUGGCAUGUCGUGGAGCCCAUCAAUGGCGAUGGGAACACCUCAGUUCGCCCCAAUGUCUGGAAUGCAGACCGCUGUCUCCCAGGCGCAACCCCAGAUUGAUGCUGCUAAAUGGGACCAAGUGUUCCGGUCGCAAGAACAUUCAUUCAGCUCGGCACCAAGUACGGCUGCAGUUUUCUUGCAAUCCGAGGCGGUCACCGAGGAGAAGCGUUCGCGGGCGCAAAACCACGAUCCAGAUGAGCUCGCACGCACGGCAGGGCUUCUCCUGGACACGGUGCAAAACGAGACAAGCGCGAAAUUCAAGAACAGCGCGUUCAUGGGACUCAUGCGCCAGUUACGUGACGGGGAAGUGAUCGUAGAAGGCAACGAGAUGGUCCAGCGGUCUGAGUCUGCCGUCGGUGACCAAUUGACCACCGAUGUGAAGGGCAAGGGGCGCGCUGUGGACAUUCUCGGCCCGGGUAUCAACGGCAUGCAGCUACCCACCCUCCAGCGGCGCGUCGUCGGUACGCCCGCCGAGGGGAUGGCAACCACCGGAGAACAAUCCUCCGACGAAGCCGGAACAUUGCGUACUGAGGACCCCAACGACGCUUAUUUCAGACAGGAGAACGAAGAGUACAUGGCGAUGCAUGCAGGGCUGGCCCAUGCAGGGCUGGCCCACGCAGGGCAAAUACCCUCUUCUGGGUUUCAGCCACAGUUCCAACACCAACAGGCGGAGUGGGACAAUCUGCAGCGAGAUUGGGAAACCUUCGAAGCGACGGCGCAUGGGUUGCGGCCGCUUAGCGGUUACGAAUUCCAGGUGAACAAUCCUUAUCUCAGUGGAGAGACGUCUCGGACGAGACAUCAUACCGCACAUGCGGGCAUGCCGCAAACGCUCUACGAUAGCGUACUCGAGAUGGAGGCCGCCGUACAACGUGACCCGUCGAAUGCAACGCGUUGGUAUGAGCUGGGCGUGAAGCAGCAGGAGAACGAGCGCGAACAGAAGGCCGUUCAAGCUCUACGCCGCGCCCUCGAUCUUGACCCUACCCUCCUGUCAGCAUGGCUCGCGCUCGCGAUAUCGCAUACAAACGAGGGCGACCGCAUGGGAGCCUACAACGCCAUCCGGGAAUGGGUGGAGCGCAAUCCGCGAUACGCUACCGCGGUCGAGCAGUUCCGCACGCUCAACCCCGACGCACCUGAUGCGCGGACGAGCGAAAAGCUCGCCAAGCUAAUGCAGUGUUUGAUGAGCAUCGUGCGGGACAAUGCCGACGGGGAAAUAGAUGCUGAUAUUCAAAUCGCGCUUGCUGUGCUGCUCAAUACGACCGAAGAAUACGCCAGGGCGCGGGAUUGUUUCACUACCGCGCUAGCAGUGCGACCUGACGACUGGUUGCUGUACAAUCGUGUCGGUGCGACGCUCGCCAACAGCGGGCAUCCCGAGGAGGCUCUUCAGUAUUACUAUGCCGCCCUGGAACUAAAUCCGGGCUACAUCCGUGCGAGGUUCAACUUAGGGAUAUCUUGCACCAACCUUCGCCGUUACGACGAGGCUGCGCAACACAUCCUGGAUGCGCUUUCUCUACAAGAUAGUGAUAGCGUUCGCGAUCCUGGCGGGAACGAAGCAAGUCGAGGCGUCACCUCAAGCGCACUAUGGGAUAGCUUGAAGACGUGCUGUCUCCAUAUGCAGAGACUUGAUCUCGCCACUUUGUGUGACAAACGGGAUUUGGAGGCGUUUCGUUUGAAUUUCCACAUGUAGGCACUCAUGUUGUCUUGUAAU